AGCAGAGUCCUUCUCAGCCUCCGAAGGAAGGCAAGCAGCAGCAGCAGCCGCACUCCUAGCCCUCCUCCUCCUCCUGCUGCUGGCUCUUUUCUUUCCUUGCAAGGACUUGGCUCCCCUCCCUUUAUUCCCUAGGACUGGAAAGGGAAUCUCUUUUUUUUUGCAAGGCAUCUGCUCCCAUCCUUUUAUUCUCUAGGACUGAAGAGGAAAAAAGAGACCCUAAAAGGAGUCUCCUCCCAUCCCUUUCUUCCCUUGAAGGGGAAACGUACAUUGACUUUUUUAGCAAGGAGCUCCAUCCCUUUUUUCCUUAGGACUGAAGAGGGAAAGGAGUCUUGCCCCCAAUUUUGGCGAGGCCUUGCCUCCCAUCCUUUUGUUCCCUGCUGGGACUGAAGAGGGCUUUGCUUUUCCUUCCCCUGGUUGGGGGCCAGAGGCCUGAUCCCAGGAGGGCGAGGGGCCCAGGGCCCUCCAUCGCCACCUCCUCCCUGCUUUUGGCCUCUUCUUUCUUCCUCCUCCUGCUCUUGGUCCCUUCUUCAGGAGGAUGCCCAUGGAACUGACCCAGAGCCGCAUCCAGAAGAUUUGGCUCCCCCCGGACAACCACCCGGCCCUGCCCCACAGAUCUUGUGGCCCGCAGCUUACCAAUUCCCCUACGGUGAUUGUUAUGGUUGGCCUCCCAGCUCGUGGAAAAACCUACAUUUCCAAGAAGCUGACACGCUACCUCAAUUGGAUUGGCGUUCCAACAAAAGUGUUCAACGUUGGGGAAUAUCGCAGGGAGGCUGUCAGACAUUACAGUUCCUACAACUUCUUUCGUUCUGAUAAUGAGGAGGCGAUGAAAGUCCGCAAGCAGUGUGCCUUAGCUGCCUUGAGAGACGUCAAACUGUACUUGUCUGAGGAAGGGGGUCAGAUUGCGGUUUUUGAUGCUACAAACACAACCCGAGAGAGAAGAUCAAUGAUCUUGCAUUUUGCCAAAGAAAAUGGAUUCAAAGUGUUCUUCAUUGAAUCUAUCUGCAAUGAUCCAACCGUUGUUGCCACCAACAUUAUGGAAGUCAAGUUGUCUAGCCCAGAUUAUAAGGACUGCAAUUCAAAUGAUGCUAUGGAAGAUUUUAUGAAGAGGAUCAGCUGUUACCAGUCCAGUUACCAGCCUCUUGACCCAGAUGACUAUGACAGAGAGUUAUCGCUUAUCAAAGUGAUUGAUGUUGGCCGGCGGUACCUAGUAAACAGGGUCCAAGACCAUAUCCAGAGUCGAAUAGUCUACUAUUUAAUGAACAUCCAUGUCCAGCCCCGCACGAUCUACUUGUGCCGGCAUGGCGAGAGUGAACACAAUCUCAAAGGGAAGAUUGGAGGAGACUCAGGGCUGUCUGGUAGAGGCAAAAAGUUUUCCAUUGCACUGAACCAUUUUGUCCAGGAGCAGAAUCUGAAAGAUCUCAAAGUCUGGACCAGCCAGUUGAAGAGGACAAUCCAGACAGCAGAAGCUCUUGACCUGCCCUAUGAGCAGUGGAAAGUCUUGAAUGAAAUUGAUGCUGGUGUAUGUGAAGAGAUGACCUAUGAUGAAAUAAAGGAGAAGUACCCUGAAGAGUUUGCUUUGCGUGACCAGGACAAAUACUAUUAUCGUUAUCCAUCAGGAGAGUCCUACCAAGAUUUGGUGCAGCGUCUAGAACCAGUCAUCAUGGAGCUGGAGAGACAGGAGAAUGUCCUUGUCAUCUGUCACCAGGCAGUCAUGAGGUGUCUUCUGGCCUACUUCCUUGACAAGAGUGCAGAGGAAAUGCCUUACUUGAAAUGCCCCCUUCACACAGUACUGAAGCUGACCCCUGUGGCCUAUGGUUGUAGAGUUGAAUCCAUCUGCUUGAAUGUCGACGCUGUGAACACUCACCGGGAUAGACCAGAGGUGAGGGGCCUCUGCCCUCCACUUGUGCCUUCAUCCCCCCAGCCCUGUGUACAUGGAAAGAACUUGGGUAGACACCUGAAUUUUAGAAAAACGUUCAAAGACGGAUUCUCUUUUGUUGAUGCAAAGAAGUUACCUAACACCCUCAUGAGACGCAAUAGUGUUACCCCUCUAGCGAGCCCAGAGCCCACCAAAAAACCUCGCAUCAACAGCUUUGAGGAGCAUGUGGCCGCUGCUGCUUCUGCUGCCCUGCCCAUCUGUAUGCCCCAGGAAGUACCCACCCAGCUGCCUGGACAACCUUUACUGGGGAAGGCCUGCCUAACCUGAACAACUCCCACAAGCAAUCUUGAAUUUUCUUCAGGCGAUGCUUGAAAAACCGCAGACGGAAGCCCAGCUCCAUUGUGUCAUCCAUCUCCAAAGCUUGUGUUUGUCAUAUGGCUCCAUUUGACUCGAGGCUGAUGGCCCUUUGUUGAUGAUCACCUACCUACCUGGACUUAACAGAAAUGGGACUUUUGGGGAGGUUGGUGAAAUACAGAGAGAGAGAGAGAGAGAAAAAGGAAGGAGGAAAAAGAAGACAUCUCAUUAUAAUGUAAACUGUGGAUUACACUGACCUUUAAACUGUUUCUUCAUCUCUUCUCUCCAAGAUUCCAGUAGACCACAGCAAGCUCUAAAGUACUACUUUGCAUACUGUUAUAGCCUAAUUCAAUUACUCUUGUUUUUAUUUUUAUUAUUAUUUUAUUUCUAAAGUGACACAGUUGCCUUGCAGUGAAGUAGAAGGGGCACUGUGCUGCUUGGAACAUGUGUAAUUAAAUGGAUUAUCUUUGGGGUAUGUGUGCGUAAAGGGGAAUGUAGCUUAGAGAGAUGGCCAUAAAAACUAGGCCAACACACCAACAAGUGUGUCCACACUUCACAGUUUGCAUGCCUCUUCUCUACACAUGUACCCUUAGGAAAUUUUUGGAUGUCACCUGCAGAAAUCGAUGACUGUUUUGUGGUUUGGUGGGGGCAGAAUUGGCUGUUUGGUUUUCAGUGACAACAAAGCCUGACCCAAUUUGUAUCUCUUUCUGAAGAGGGAAUUUCAUCUGCCCUUCUGUACUGGAAAUCUCACCAGCAAACAGCUGGUGGAGUGGCUAGGUGUGAUAAGUAGAACGUGACCAUCUGAAAUGUUUGUUUUUGAUUUGACUGCACAGAGGAAAGGAGUAUGUGUGUAGGUGCCAUGGACUGUAUGUAUGAAUUGUGUUUUUUGCAAGUUAGUUCCUCAUUGUGUUAUUCCCUCCUGGCUUUUCAGCUCUAGUUCAUGCAGGACAUCAAAGCAGCUGUAGGCACGCAGUAUUAGGAAAUGUAAGAGACUAAUCUGUUGGAGUACCUAUUGGGGAUGAGCUGAGGGUUGGUUGGUUGGUUUUGUUAGGUCUAGGGAAGCAUCUUGACCAUCUACUGUUUUCCACUACCACUAGGGUGUCAGUUCACUAUGUGAAAGCCAGCCAGCCACCCAGCCUUUUUUUGAAAGAGCUCUCCUUACUCUGCUUUAAUGAACAGGGAACUUGGACAGCUCUUGAUCCAAUGAAAAUAAAACCCCUUAAAAGUGGAUCUAGUAGUGCAAUUUAUAGAGCAGGGUCGGGCAAAGUGGGUCCUUCCAGAUGGUGUUGGACUGCACCUCCCAGUGUGCCUCACCCUUGGCUCUGCUCACUAGGGCUGAUGGAACUUGUAGUCCCACCUGAGGGACACACUUUGCUCACCUAGUUCUUUGAGGGAUUGCACAGCCCCAUAUGCAAAGACAUUGGAGGUCUGUAAAAGCAGGAACAGGUUCAUUUCCAUCCCCCUUUUCCCUCCUUCAUUUAAACAUCCUAAUUCCAGGUAACCGUUAAUACACAAGGUCUUCCCAGACUGAAUGACUUGGUAGGAGUGCAGUGAUUUGUGUGUUUGUGAUUUGGGGAGACAUUUGAGGUCGGCUUUGCCAAGGCGAACAGCAGUGCCUUCCGCGUUAGCCUUGUGCUGUGACAAGUGCUUUAGUAGGUUAUUCUUUUUUUAAAAAAAUAGUAUUAAAGUGACCAUUUUUACAGGGGUUUGCUGUGCAAGCGAAUUUAUAGGUGUGUCCUUGUGCAAAGGUGGAAGAACCCUUCUCUUUUCUAAUUACAGUUGUAAAAACCCAUCCAUGUUGGGGAGGGAAGAGUGUGUUUUCAGAUUGUUUUGACACACUGAGGUUUUUUCCUCUCCCUGCACCAGCUUCUUAGCUAAUCUCUCUCCCUUAAUUUUUUUU